UUUUACCUUUGAAGACAAUGUUAGGACCAAGAUAUGAUGAACAGGUUGCUGAAGAAAAUCGUUUUCACCCGAGUAUGUUAUCCAACUACUUAAAGAGUCUGAAGGUUAAAAUGGGUUUACUGGUAGACUUGACCAACACCACUAGAUUCUAUGAUAGGAAUGAUAUAGAGAAAGAGGGCAUUAAAUAUAUAAAGCUCCAGUGUAAAGGGCAUGGUGAGUGCCCUACACCUGAGAAUACAGAAACAUUUAUCCGUGUAUGUGAACACUUCAGUGAUAAGAAUCCCUCAGAGCUUAUAGGUGUCCAUUGCACACAUGGUUUCAAUAGAACUGGAUUUCUGAUCUGUGCCUUUUUGGUCGAGAAGUUGGACUGGAGUAUUGAGGCUGCUGUGGCUACUUUCGCUCAGGCUAGACCACCAGGUAUUUAUAAAGGUGACUAUUUGAAGGAAUUAUUUCGUCGUUAUGGAGAUGAAGAUGAUGCACCGUCACCACCUGAGCUACCAGAAUGGUGCUUUGAAGAAGAUGAAGAGGAGGACGAUGAUAAUGGUAAAACAGGAGGCCAAGAAUCAGAACCCGGAUCAUCAAGCUCUUCCUUUGGCAAGAGAAGAAAAGAACGCCUAAAACUGGGUGCAAUUUUCUUGGAAGGAAUAACAGUUAAAUGUGUGACCCAGGUGACAACACAACCAAAGUUAGGAGGAAUACAGCAAAAAUGUCAGCAGUUCUGUGGAUGGGAAGGGUCUGGGUUCCCUGGAGCACAGCCUGUUUCCAUGGACAAGCAAAAUAUUAAAUUUUUGGAGCAGAAGCCAUAUAAAGUUAGCUGGAAAGCAGACGGCACUCGGUACAUGAUGCUGAUUGAUGGCAAGAAUGAAGUUUAUAUGAUUGAUAGAGACAAUUCGAUUUUUCAUGUAUCUAAUCUGGAAUUUCCGUUUCGUAAAGAUCUUCGCACACAUCUAACAAACACUCUUCUGGAUGGGGAAAUGAUCAUCGACAAGGUUAAUGGACAGGUUGUCCCUCGGUACUUGAUAUAUGACAUUAUUAAGUUUAAUGGACAGCCUGUUGGAGACUGUGAUUUUAAUGUUCGACUUGCAUGUAUAGAGAAAGAGAUUAUAUUUCCACGACAUGAAAAGAUGAAGAAUGGUCUUAUCGACAAAGCACAGGAACCAUUCAGUGUUCGAAACAAACCAUUUUUCGACAUCUACACUUCAAGAAAGCUCCUGGAAGGAAGCUUUGCUAGAGAAGUUAGCCACGAAGUGGAUGGACUGAUAUUUCAGCCUACAGGAAAAUACAAGCCUGGUCGAUGUGAUGAUAUUUUGAAAUGGAAGCCACCCAGCCUGAACUCUGUUGAUUUUCGUCUAAAGAUAACAAGAAUUGGUGGAGAGGGGCUACUCACCCAGAAUGUUGGUCUUCUUUAUGUUGGAAACUUUGACAGACCUUUUGCACAAAUUAAGGUGACAAAAGAACUGAAACAGUACGACAAUAAAAUUAUAGAGUGCAAGUUUGAGAACAACAGCUGGGUCUUCAUGAGACAGAGAAUAGACAAAAGCUUUCCAAAUGCCUACAGCACUGCCAUGGCUGUAUGCAACAGCAUCCAGAAUCCAGUCACGAAGGAGAUGCUGUUUGAGUUCAUUGAUAGAUGUACAGCAGCUUCUCAAGGACAGACGCGGAAACACCACCUCGAUCCUGACACCGAACUCAUGCCACCCCCACCGCCCAAAAGGCCGCGUACCAUAACAUAA